AUGGAAAUGGAGCAACCACCGAGCGCACCGAGUCCUCCUCCCAAACCUACCCAGCAUGAGCCCAUUAGUUUCGGUAUAGACCAGAUCCUGGGCGCGGGGACAGAGCCAGAGAGCGCACGCACCGCCGGACGUCAGAGCGGCUCGGACACAAGCAGCGGGGAUGGCUAUUACAGUUUGUCCAGUCCGACAGGGGCCAGCGCGCCCUCCUACACCGCGCUCUCCAUCUCCCUGUCUGGCAUCAUGCCCCCGGUGGACGCGGCUGGCUCCUACGGGGACAGGAGUUUAGGGAGCAGGGGGGUUAUCCGAGUCCCGGCACACAGACCGGUCACAGCGUCUGGAGCCCCAGCCCCCGUGCAGGGCGCAGUGCCCGGCUUCGGGGGGCUGUGCUUCCCCUGGAUUGGGAACAGGUUUGCGAAAGACAGGAUAUCAGCUGCUCUGGUGCCCUUCGCCGUCACAAGGCGGAUAGGACAUCCGUACCAGAACCGGACGCCUCCAAAGAGGAAAAAACCACGCACGUCUUUUUCCCGUGUGCAGAUCUGUGAGCUGGAGAAGCGCUUCCACCGCCAGAAGUAUCUCGCCAGUGCCGAGCGGGCCGCCCUGGCCAAGAGCCUCAAGAUGACCGACGCACAGGUCAAGACCUGGUUUCAGAACCGCAGGACCAAGUGGAGGAGACAGACAGCGGAGGAGCGUGAGGCGGAGCGUCAACAGGCCAACCGUCUGAUCCUGCAGCUGCAGCAGUCCGCCCUGCACAAGAGCCUGGGAGAGUCCGCGGUGUCGGACCCUCUGUGUGCUCACAACUCCUCUCUGUACGCGCUGCAGAACCUGCAGCCGUGGGCUGAGGAGCGGGAAUAG